AUGGAUUUUGCUGGCGGCCAAGAAGAAUCGGCGUUGGUCACAGUGGAGAAGGAUUCUGGAGAUACCGGAGACAACGACAACCAGGAAAGAAAAGCCCACCACGCAGGUGAUGGUGGGUUCUGGCGGCAACGGAAAGACGCGGACGCCAAUGCACGGGGCCGCUGA